UAAUAUUAGACAAGCUAGAAAAAGAUUUCUUGAUCAACAAGCAAGAGAAGAAAGUGUAGAAGUAGUGUUAGCACCUCUUCUUCCAGUUCCACAAAUUUUGUAUAAUUUACUUACACAAAAUAAUUCAAUAUCAGAUGAACCUUAUAUAACUCAAAUAAGAGCUUAUAAUCAGGUUCUUACAUUUACAUUUUUAGAUGUAAACCUUAAUAAAGAACUUGCAAAUGCCAAAAAGGAGAUUUAUACAUUUAGAAUUCAAG